UCUUUUUUUUUUUCGGUGGGUCCUUGAGCUCAUGGACCCAGCCGCCGAACUCGUUCAUGGCGCUUCACUCCCCUCCAAAACCCUAACCCGUCACCUCCCCUAAAACCCUAAACCCUAACCCUAAGCUGAAUCCGAUCUCUCGUCCACGAUGAGCAACGCGUGGAGGUCGCUUCUCCUCCGCAACCUCUCCCGGAUCUCGUCCCGCACCCCGUGCAUCCGACACCCCGAUCUCCACGUGAGUGUUCCGAAACCCCAAACCCUAAUCCAUUCAUCGUCUCCAUUCCUCGCCCCGAUUCACUCUCUAUGCUUCACAAAUCGGCGCUGGUUCUCCUCGCUCCCCGCCCCCGAUGGCAACGAUCGCGAUCGCGUCCUGGUGGCGGAGAUCUUCGCGAAACCUCUCACUUCUGAUGAGAUUAAGGCCGAGUUGGAGUCUCGCAAUCUGUUGCUGGAUGUUAACAUGGUGAAUUCGGUGCUUAAAUCCCUCGAGGGGACCCCGAAAGCCGCUCAGAGGUUCUUCGAUUGGGUUUCGGAGAGCGAAGCCGUAAGGUUGAAUUCGAAGUCGUAUAACCUUAUGCUGGAAAUCGUUGGGACGGAAGGCCGGGUGGAGGAGUUCUGGGGUUUGGUUGAGAUCAUGAAGAGAAAAGGGUUCGGGGUGUCGAAAGGCGCCUUCUUGAAGGUAUCGGAGAGUUUCGAGAAGAUGGGUUUAGCGAAAGAUUGUGAGAGGUUGAAGGAAAUGUACUUUCUUAAUUCUCAUGAGAAUGUGGUGGGUAGGAUGUGCCCUGCAAUUUGCAAGAUUCUGAGAUCGGAGAAUGAGUCGGAAGAAUCCAUUCGGAAGAAGCUCGAUGAAUUGGAUGUUAGUUUGUCAUCCAGUUUGGUUGUUGCCGUGCUAGAAAGGAUCGGCCAAUAUCCGAAGAAAGCUUCGACCUUCUUCCGGUGGGUAGAGGGAAACCCGUCGUUUGCACCUGAUGGUAGGGUCUACAAUGCAAUGGCUAGGGUUCUGGGACGAGAAGAUUGCAUCGACGAGUUUUGGGGUAUUCUCCGUAAGCUAAGAAACUUGGGUUAUGAGUUGGAGAAGGAGACAUACAUUAAAGUCUCGGAUAGGUUUCACAAGUGGAAGAUGCUGGCUGCAGCUGUGGAUUUGUUUAAGUUUGCAAUGGCUGGUUCGGAUAAGCCUUCUGUUCACGAUUUUGUAUUCCUGUUGAAGAAAAUUGUUGUGAGUGAUGAUCUGGAUCUGAAUUUGAUUUCUACGGUUGUUCGGACCUUCAUAAACGGCGGGCAUUCCAUAAAAGGUUCGGUUUUUGAUACCGUCCUUAAAUCGUUGAAGAGUGUUGGCAAACUGGGAGAGUGUGAUAAAGUUCUAAAGGCAAUGGAAGAAGGCGGUUUUGCGCCCGAUAGUUAUGUACAUGAAAAGGUUGUUAUUGGACUUUGCAAUGCUGGGAGAUUGGAAGAAGCCCUUCAAUAUUUAGAUAAUGUUGAACAAGCAGGGUACAAAUUGGAUUCAAAGACAUGGGAAAUCUUAGUUCAAAAGCAUUCUUUGGCUGGUGAUCUCGACAAAGCAUUGUCGUGUUUCAACAAGAUGUUAGAAAGAAAAGGCAGUGGUGAUGUUGGUUGUGCCUUUGAAGUUUUAGUGAAUGGGUUUUGCCAGAAAAACAAAGCAAAGGAAGCGUGCAAGAUUCUAGAGAAGAUGGUGACAAAAAAAAAUGUAAAGCCUUGGCAUAGCACAUAUAAGUUUUUAAUUGAGCGACUGAUCCGUCAAGGUGGUAUUAAAGAAGCUUUCACUCUUCUGGGUUUGAUGAAGAGCCAUGGUUUUCCACCUUUUAUCGACCCAUUUAUUGACUAUAUUUGCAAAUCUGGGUCGGUGGAAGAUGCGAUGGGCUUUAUUCAGGCAAUGACUGUGAAAGAGUUCCCAUCGAGAACAGUUUUCUUGCGUUUGUUUGAAGGUCUCUUUAAAGAGGGGAGGCAUGAUGUGGCACAUGGUUUACUCCAUAAAUGUCCGGGUUCCAUCCGUAACCAUGCUGACAUCUUAGAUCUCUUUUAUGCAAUGAAGUCAGAUGGAGCUACCGCAGCAGCUCUAUAGACUAUCGGCAAUACGCUAUGUUGUUGUGUUUGUUGAAAAAGCUGUCCACCUUUGGAAUGAAAAGCUGAUAAAGUACUUCCCUGAUAAUCAUUUGAUUCUGAGGCACAUUUGAGUGUGUGAUUGACCCUCUUGCAGACAUCAAGAGUUCAUUAUCGCUAAUCUAUGGAUUGAUUGGCUAAACACUUGCCUCUAGUUGUUUCAUGUUUUCUUAAUAAAACUUCCGAUCACUGUUUUCAUCAUUAAAUUGAUUGAUAAGGAGCAUUUUAUGCUCUGCCAUUGCUCUUCUGUUA